AGAAAAAAACAGAGCAAAAUAAUGACUUUCAGUAUUCACGGUUGCUCCGCCGUAUUCCACCACCCAUCUGCCACCGCCACCGCCACCAUAGCUGUCUUCUCCGGUGAAGAUUGCAGCAUCAAGAACGAUACUAAUGUCUCUCUGAAGAGAAAAUCUAUUUCACCGAUCUCUGAACCAUCCCCGAAAAGGGUCACUCUCAAUUCACCACCAUCCUCCGCCGCCACCGCCGCCAUUGCUGCUGCUAAGAAUGGUACAGACCCAAUUUCACCAAUUACUUCACCAUCCGCUGUAAGGGUUACUCUCAAUUCACCACCACCCUCCACCGGCACUGCCAUUGCCGCCGAUAUGGAUGGUACAAACCCCAUUUCACCAAAAACUUCACCAUCCCCUGCUUUUUCACCCUUCUCCAAAAGGGUAUCUGAAAAAUCACCUUUUGCCACCACCAACGCCGCCGCUGCCGCCGCUGCUGAUGCCACGGCGACGCCACCACCGCUCCCGUUUUCAAGAUUCACGAAAACGCAGCCGUCAAAUAAUAACAAAACUCUGCGGCGAACACUAUCAGAACCACCAAUUUUCAAUUCUUUUACUGAUUUCUGUCGUUACAUGAAUUCCCAGUCACCGGAAAACAGCAAGAACAAUCUUCGUAGAUCAACUUCUGAUCCCACUGCUGCAAAAAUUAUUCUUGCUCCGGCACCGGCAACUGCAACUCCGGCACUGACUUCAGGAACAGGGCAUGAAAAAACUACAAGAAGAAGCAAGAAGUGUUAAAAGGGUGGAAGCUGCUGAUAAAUUGGCUCUGCAUGAAGAUGGUUCAAGUCCAACAAGAAUUUUUCAUUAUUUCAUACAAAAUAAUAUUCAUGAAUAUAUUUUACAUGUUAGUUUUAGUGAAAUAUAUAGCUAGUAUUUUUUCCCUCUUUUUUCUUUUUUUUGGUGUUCUUUUAAUUUGUUAAUAUCAUCUUAUAUGGAUGA